AUGACAGAACCAUCAAUACAGCCUCCACCACCAACACUUGCACCUUCUGAAACCGCCCUUUCACAGGACACACUCCCACCAUCAUCCCAGUUCCCACUCCAACCACUCACACAAGGUGAGAUCGAAGACAUCCACCUCGUCGGCGGCGAAGACUCUCGUCAAUGGUCGCAUUCAAAGAAAUGGGCCACCACCGUCAUCAUCUCGCUCAUGGGAUUCAUCUCCCCGCUUGGCUCAUCGAUUCUGGUACCCGGCAAUGCAUUCGUCGAUCACUCCUUUGGGCUCGCAUCCCGCACACUCUCCCUCCUUCCCGUAUCGCUUUUCGUGAUGGGUCUAGGCGUCGGCCCAUUCAUCCUUGCCCCUUGCUCGGAAACCGUCGGUCGACAACCCGUCUACGUCAUCACCUCUGCCCUCUUCAUCGUGUUCAACCUGGCCUCUGCCUUCUCGCCCAACUUUAUCGUCCUCAAUGUCUUCCGCUUUUUCGCCGGAGUAGCGGGCAGUACUGGUCCAAGCUUAGGCGCAGGCAGCAUCGGAGACAUGUUUGCACCCAAAGAACGAGGUCGUGCACAAUCCCUCUACGGUCUAGGACCCCUCAUGGGUCCAGUACUAGGCUCUAUCGUAGGCUGCUUCAUUGCUGCCGGCACUCGCGAUUGGAGAUGGUUGCUCCACACACUCACUAUCCUCUCAGCAGUAGUGUUUGUCAUCAUCGUCUUUUUCCUCAACGAAACCUACGCCCCCGUCCUCCUUCGCAAGAAGAGGGAACGCGCAGUAGGCCAACGUCUGCAGGAGAUCAAACAGCAAGAUCCAAUCACAGCAACACUCAUCAUCCCUCCGGCAACCAUCAAAUCGCGUCUCACCAAGUUCGCACAUAAGGCUCUACCGAGCAACGAGAUACUGCACAGGUUGAAGAUGGCUCAAUCUCGACCUUUUCGUUUACUCUUUACGAAUCCGAUCUGUGCGAUCUUUUCGUACUAUCUUGGGUUUUGUUAUGGGAUCAUCUAUCUCUUUCUCACCCAGCAUCCGUUACUGUUUCAGACUCGGGAUGGGGAGCGGAAUGCUCCACCGCCGAAUGUCCUUCCUACCUAUAAUUGGGAUUUGGGUAUCUCAGGUCUUUCCUAUUUGGGUUUGGGACUGGGCUUCUUGGUUGCGGCAUUCACCAAUGUCUUGCUGCAGGAUGAGAUCUAUGCAAGGUUGGUGGAAGCAGAUGGAAAGGUUGGAUUGUGGUUAUUGGCUCGUGAUCCAACGACCAUCGCCAGCCUUGUUCGACAUAAUGAAGCUGGGAAGCAUGCAGAAGACGUCGAGAAGCACCACGAAGAAGCGCAAGUACCACAACGCAACUCCUCCGGCGCCAACUCUGCUCUUGGAAACAACACCCCCAUUCACAACCCCGACGCUAUCGCCCCGACCGCUAAACCCGCCAUGGAACCCUCAAAACAAACCGCAACACCAGCACCACCGGCAAAGAAGGGCCGACCGGAAUACCGCCUGCCCCUCUGCUUCGUAGGAAUGCUAAUCCUCCCCACUGGCCUCCUCACUUUCGGUUGGUCAGCAGCAAAUCAAACUCACUGGAUCGUCCCCCUGAUUGCAUCGUUCCUGGUUGGUUGUGCAACAAUCCUUUGCUUUCAAACGAUCCUUGUCUAUCUUGUCGACGCCUUCGUGCCCUACUCGGCUUCAGCGACUGCAUGCGCGGUGUUGAUCAGAUCGAUUUUGGCCGCUGCUUUCCCACUGUGCGCCGAGUAUAUGUUUGAGGAUCUUGGCUACGGUUGGUCGUGCACCUUGUUGGCUGCCAUUGGAUUGUUGGGGCUUCCGGUACCGUUGAUUUUGUUCAGGUAUGGUGAACCACUGAGGUUGCGGUACAAGUUCAAAGGCUAA